AUGGGUGACACCAUAUGUGCUAGCUAGACAUGUUUGGGUGGUGCAUAAACGAAAGUAGGUGCCAAGCUGCUCCUGCUUAAUGGUGGGAAUGCAGAUUGGGCAUGUCGGCGGCCCUAACAGUCUGUGCAACUAGUAAAGUGACUCCAUCAGAGGGUGAGGCACUUGAGAUGGCGCCUAAUGGCUACCUAGCAAGAACUAUGGUCACUCAUGAGGUGUAAUAAUGGCUAGGAAAAAUCCUUGUGAUAUAGAAAGAGAAGCCUAAUUAAUAAGAGAAAGUCUUUCAUUAGAGUUCUGUACCUGUGUGAGGUUAGUGAAUGACUAGAUGGAGAGAGUGAGAGACACCUCAAUGUCUGCACCCCAAUUCUGUACCCAGCAAGAAGCCAUAUCUUGGGUAGAAGAGCUAGAGAGUUGUCUAGAAGAGAUGAAUACUUGAUUAUAGGAGGAAUCCUAGCAAUGACAAGUGAAGGUGUUGGAACUUUGAAACUUAUUGGAGGAGCAUUCCUAGCUGAUGUUUACCAAGUUAGAAUAGAUGUAGAGGGAUACCAGCAGCAACUAUAGUUGGGCAGGAUAUGCAUCUCUAGAAGAGUUAAAAGAGGAUGUUUGAGGACAUGAAGCUGUGCUUUAUCGACUAGGGAGGAGGCAGCAUCAAGCCCAAGAAAAGAAAGCCCCACAUGCACUUAUUAGCCUAAGACCAUUUGUAGGGAUUCAUGACACAUAUAGAGGUCGACAACUUCACCUAAGAUCUCGAAGAAUAUUUAGAAGACCAUGAUAUGAAAGGUUCCUUAUGUGAAAUGUAAAAAUCUGGUGGCACUCCAAGGGAGGAGACCUAACCAAAAUUGAGAAGACUUGAAGAUGGAUUUGAAAUGUUACUUCAGGCAAACAAACAUAAUAGAUGUUGCAAUUGAUGAGAUGCUAGCCCUCAAGUACAUAGGGUUCAUAAGUGAUUAUGUCAUGAACUUUAGAGCUCUCAUGCUAGAUAUUAGAGAUAUGAGAGAAAAAUUAUCUCUAUUUCUUCAUCCACAAACUCCAACCAUAUGUAUGUGCAGAAGUGCAAAGGAGUAGUGCCCAAGAUCUUGAAAUUGCUUGUGUUGUAGUCGAGUCAUUAGUAUUUAGAGGAGCCAACACUUAAAUCAAAUAUGAACAUGAGAAAUCAAGGUGGUGGCCACAUGUGAGCAUGAAUUUGAGGGAUGAGGUGAGGAACAUAAUAAGAACCACACCUUAACCCUCCUUACUCCACCUCAACUUACAGAGGCCACACUUCUAAUUCCACAAAAUAAAAUAGUUUAAUUGUGAAGGAUGAUAUCGAUAGGGAGAUUGUCUCAAUAGAUAGAGUAAUAAAUAACCUCUCUUCAAUGUAGUGGUGGAUCAAAAACCAUUGGUUAUAGAGGAAGAGAGUGGGGAAGAAAAAGAUGUAGAGAUGAACAACUUUCAACUGCUCCCUCUAUAAGAAUUGUAACAAAGCAAGGAAAGAAAAGGAAAAAAAGCUAGUAUUCAUCAAGGCAUAUAUUGAUGGAGAGUUGAUGGUGGCCAUGGUUGAUAUUAAAGCCACAUGCAACUUUAUGGCACUCAAAAAAAUACAUCAACUCGAAGUCACUUUGACAAAAACCACUAUUAAGUUUAAGGUAGUGGAUUGA